GUAUACGCGCCGCAAAGCUCGAGGCCGCCGCCGCCGUCAACGUCAAGCCCGCAAGAACAACAAUAUGGCCCGAGGACCCAAAAAGCACUUGAAGCGCCUUGCCGCUCCCUCAUCAUGGAUGCUUGACAAGCUGAGCGGGACCUACGCUCCCCGCCCUUCACCCGGUCCCCACAAGCUCCGCGAAUCCCUCCCCCUCACCAUCUUCUUGCGUAACCGCCUCAAGUAUGCGCUGAACGGCAAGGAGGUCAUCUCCAUUGUCGCCCAGCGCCUGAUUAAGGUCGAUGGGAAGGUCAGGACCGACCCCACCUACCCUGCAGGCUUCAUGGAUGUCAUUACGAUCGAGAAGUCCGGCGAGCACUUCCGUCUACUCUACGACGUCAAGGGCCGCUUCACCAUCCACCGGAUCACUCCCGAGGAGGCAACCUACAAGCUCCUCAAGGUCCGCAAAAUGGCCAUUGGCACGAAGGGUGUGCCAUACAUUGUGACCCACGACGGCCGCACGAUCCGCUACCCAGACCCCCUUAUCAAGGUCAACGAUACUGUCAAGUUCGACCUUGAGCAGAGCAAGAUCUUGGACUACGUUAAGUUCGACACAGGCAAUCUCGUCAUGAUCACUGGCGGCCGUAACAUGGGUCGUGCGGGUGUGAUCGUGCACCGGGAGAAGCACAUUGGUGGCUUCGAUAUUGUGCACGUGAAGGACUCGUUGGACCGCACAUUCGCGACUCGUAUCUCCAACAUCUUUGUGCUGGGCGAGGGUACGAAGCCGUGGGUGUCUCUGCCGAAGGGCAAGGGCAUCAAGCUCACGAUCACUGAGGAGCGUGACGUGCGGAGGAGACAGCGGGCUGCCGAGCAGUAGAUGUUGUACUUUUGCUUUUGCCGUCAUCUUAUCCUCAUGUUUAUGCCAUGCUUUGUAUGCCUCGUACGCCAUUAAAAUGACUGCAUGCAUGCAUAAUUUCACUGGGUUCUUGCAGGCACUGU